CAGGAGCGCGCGGGGCGGGGCCAACGGCCGAGCAGCGGGUCGGCGCGUCCGCGGCCGCUAGCUCUGCCAGCGGCGUGAGCGUGCGUUUUCACUGCUUUCUCGGUGUCGUAGUUCGCGGCUGCUGUUUGGGUGCGGGACCGGCCGGGCGGUUGCCGUCCUCCUGUACCUCGCGGGCUUUCCGCGGGGAGCUGCUGCUGCUCGGGAUUCCUUCCCGCUCCCCGUCAGCGCUCCAGCCCGCGCCUGGCCCGGGGCUCGCGGGGUGUUUUCUCGGCCUGACGCUGUCUGACUCGUGGAAUUGGUGAAUACAGACCGGCGAGGGUGGGUGUCACAAGCAGAUGGUUGCAGUGCUCCCUUCACGUUCUUGCCUCUGGUGUCCUUCAGUAGCUCCUGGGAGCUGUCCAGCAGCCUUAGCCCUGGGUUUGCAAGGCUUGGUGCAGAGAUGGUGUCAGUGUCAUUCAAGGAUGUGACUGUAGCGUUCAGCAGAGAGGAGUGGCAACAAUUGGACUGUGCUCAGAAAAGCCUCUACAGGGAUGUAAUGGUGGAAAACUAUUUUAACUUGAUCUCAGUGGGUUGUCAAGUUCCCAAACCAGAAGUCAUUUUCAAUGUGGAGAAAGGAGAAGACCCAUGCAUGUUGGUUGGUGAAAUAUCAAGGCCAAGCUGGCUAGAUGGCGAUAUUCAUUUUGAAACUUCACAAAAAGGAAUGUCUAAAGAAGUUAAAAUCCAGUUUGAGAAAAUUAAUCUCUUCCCAAGAGAUAACCCAUAUUCCAUUUUAGAAGUAUUGUGGCAAGAUGAUGAACAGACAAGGAGAUAUGAGGAAAACCAGAAUAAAAACUUAAGUCAUGUUUCCUUCAACAACAGGGAAACACCAGCUGAGAAGUGUGAAUAUAAGGAUAUUGGGAAAAUAGUUCAUGUAAAUGCACACCUUAUUCCUUCAAGAAAAAGACUCCAUAACUAUGAUUCAUUUGGAAAAAGUUUGAAGCCAACUGUAAACUUAUGUACAUAUAAUACAAACAAAACAACACAAAAUCUUGAUAAGAUCAUUGGAUAUGGAAAUAUUUUCACUCAUAUGAAUUUUUAUACAGAAAUGAAUGCUUGUGAAUGUGAUCAGUGUAAGAAACUUCUUAAUCAUACACAAGCUCUCAUUCAAGAUGAGAAACUUCAUGCUGAGAAGCACCUCUAUUUAUUUUCUGACUGUGUAAAAUUUUUCACCAAGAAGUCACACCUCUUUGCACAUGAGAGUAUUUAUACUGAAGAGAAACAGCAUCAUGAGUGCAACAAAUGUGAUAUAGUCUUCACUCAGAAAUCUCAAUUUGCUGUACAUCAGAAAGUUUAUACAGGAGAGAAACCCUAUAUAUGCACUGAAUAUAGGAAGGACUUUUCUCUCAAGUCAAACAAUGAAAAAACUCAUACUGUGGAGAAUCACUCUAAAUGCAAUGAAUAUGGAAAAGCCUUUAACCAGAAGUCAGAUCUGCUCAGAUACCAGGAAAUUCAUACAAAAGAAAAAUCCUAUGACUACAGUAAAUGUGGGGAAAAUAUCUUUCAGAAUGCAAACCUCAGUAUAUGUAAAAAAAUUCAUACUGGAGAGAAACACUUUAAAUGUAUUGAAUGUGGAAAAGCCUUUACAAGAAAGUCAACACUAAGUAUGCAUCAUAAAAUUCAUACAGGAGAAAAACCCUAUGAAUGUUCUGAGUGUGGGAAAGCCUUUAUCCGGAAGUCACAUUUUAUUACACAUGAGAGAAUUCAUACUGGAGAGAAACCUUAUGAGUGCAGUGACUGUGGGAAGUCUUUUAUAAAGAAGUCACAACUCCAUGUGCAUCAGCGAGUUCACACAGGAGAGAAUCCCUUUAUAUGUUCAGAAUGUGGGAAGGUCUUCACUCAUAAGACGAAUCUCAUUAUACACCAGAAAAUUCAUACUGGAGAGAGACCCUAUAUAUGUACUGAAUGUGGGAAGGCCUUUACUGACAGGUCAAAUCUUAUUAAACACCAAAAAAUUCAUACUGGGGAAAAACCCUAUAAAUGCAGUGACUGUGGAAAAUCAUUCACCUGGAAGUCACGGCUCAGGAUACAUCAGAAAUGUCAUACUGGAGAGAGACAUUAUGAGUGCAGUGAGUGUGGGAAAGCCUUCAUCCAGAAGUCCACACUAAGUAUGCACCAGAGAAUUCACAGAGGAGAAAAACCCUAUGUUUGUACUGAAUGUGGGAAGGCCUUCUUUCACAGGUCACAUUUCAUUACACAUGAGAGAAUUCAUACUGGAGAGAAACCCUAUGAAUGCAGUGACUGUGGCAAAUCCUUCACUAAGAAAUCACAGCUGCAUGUGCACCAACAAAUUCACACAGGAGAAAAACCCUACAGAUGUGCUGAGUGUGGGAAGGCUUUCACUGACAGAUCCAAUCUCUUUACACACCAGAAAAUUCAUACUGGGGAGAAACCCUAUAAAUGCAGUGACUGUGGAAAAGCCUUCACUCGGAAGUCAGGCCUCCAUAUACAUCAGCAGUCUCAUACUGGAGAAAGACAUUAUGAGUGCAGUGAAUGUGGGAAAGCCUUUGCUAGAAAAUCGACUCUUAUUAUGCAUCAGAGAAUUCAUACAGGAGAGAAACCCUACCUUUGUACUGAAUGUGGGAAGUCCUUCAUCCAGAAGUCACACUUAAAUCGACAUCGAAGAAUUCAUACUGGAGAGAAACCCUAUGAAUGCAGUGACUGUGGGAAGGCCUUCAUUAAGAAAUCACAACUCCAUGAGCAUCAUCGAAUUCACACUGGAGAGAAGCCAUAUAUAUGUGCUGAAUGUGGGAAGGCCUUCACCAUCAGAUCCAAUCUUAUUAAACACCAGAAAAUUCAUACUAAACAGAAACCCUAUACAUGCAGUGACUUUAGAAGAGCCUUAGGCUGGGAACCACAACUCAGUAUACAUCAGAAGUCUGAAUCCGGGGAAGUAGAGUGCCCAAUACCACAAUCAUGGGGUGAGGAUACAAAGUUGUGAGGCUACCACAUGACUAAGAAGCAGGAGGUAACCAAAGACACCUUUCCUCUAUCUAGUCAGAAGUGCAAGUAUCUGGGUCACAUAGCUGAUUGCCAGUUACAAAUAUGGGGAGACACUUUGGAGAAAGUGUUGGAGCAAUGUAUAAUGGUCAUGCCUAGUUACUGGACAGAUACUAGGACUGUCAAGCCCCCGCAAAUGCAAGGAAUGACUUGGUAGUCUGUCUUGUCUCAUGUUUUGGAUAAGCAGCUUUAUAAAUUUAGGGCUGUUGAGUUUUUCAUGCCCUGGGUAGGAAAAAUAGUAUUGACCAAAGGAAUUUCUUAAUAGAGUGCUAAGUGUCAUUGUCUAAUUAUCCUAAAGACACUGAUAUCAAGGCAAAAGUGUAGAAUGCUCAGGUCUAUAAUGUAGAGAAGCCAGAAAUUUUUGUGAAAAUUGACAUUAAAAGACCAAAAGAAAGGACUCUCCUUUUUUUCCUUUGGGAAGUCACUAUUUAUUUAUAGUACCUACUAGAAUGUGGACUUUGGAUAAAAAAUUUUUAAUUUACAAUUUGACUUUGAGAUUAUCAAAUUAAAACCCCAGGCUUACUGAAUAUUCACAGUCAUCUUUAGGAAACCAGUGUUACCUCGUUUAUUAAUUCCUUGCCCCAUGGCAAGAGGUAACUUUGACUCGAGAUAUAAAGUGCUCCCAGCCUGUAUCCCAAAAGUGAUGAAUGAUGUAAGCAGUAGCCCCAUAAAUUACUUUUCACCUUAGAACUGGCCUGAGAUCAUGGAACACAGGUUACAGAUCUGGAUAUCAGCAUUUUGAAUUCCUAGCCUUGUCCAUGGAAACCUAUACUAGUCACUGAUUUUUGGAAAAGAAACAAAACAUGGCUUUCAAAAUCUAAAAUUUUUUCUUUCCAAUUUUGUUAAUACAUUCUCUAUGUAUUCAUUACACAUUAGGUUACUAUAGGAGACAAGUGUCUUGCAUUUGAGCUUGGUUUUUGAGAAGAAAUAGUUACACAUUUGGAAGAAUACUCCUAUCCCCUCCCAAUCUCUACAAAUUAAUCUUAAUUUGUGUUUUCAAAUCCUCUAUAUUGUAGACUUUUUUGUCCUUUAUCUGAUAUACUAAAA